AUGGGAGAAGAAAUACUACUUAUUGCCGAACCAAGAGAUUCACUACGUGGAGCUUUUUUUGAAGCCAAACCCGAAGAAAUCGACAUCUAUUUGGGUGAAUUUGCCUCAAAAGCCUUGCAGGGUUUGGACGAGUUGCUUGCUAAAAAGGAAAUCCGGCUUCUGGAAGCUUUAGAUUUGAAAAGAAAAUGUCAACAUCUUGUGAAUCUCACUAAAAAAACACAGAAAAACGCCCUUCAAUUGGAAGACAUGUUUGUAAGACUGACAGAAGCAGGAAAGCGUAUUUCUAGUGCAUUGCGCCGACGCAACGAAUUUCCAGACGGUUUCGAGUCGGAGGCGGAUAACUUGCGCAAGCAAAUUCUUCGAGCCUACAACGAUGUCAUGGCGGCGGAUCACAAUGUUGAAUCGCUGACCUACCAAAUUGCUGCACUGGAGGAGGAGAUGAAACCGCUGGCUAAAGAGGCGGCCAAAUUUCCAACCGCAGAGACCCUAAAAUCCCGUCGCAAAGAGAUGGAACACGCAGUAGACACAGAAAUGAUAGAACGCAAAAAGUACUCUCUUGAAUCGCGUCGUCUGCAUCGUCAACUCAACGAUGUCUCCGAGUGCAGAGAUCAGCUGGCCAAUCGGUUGGCUGAGUGCCAAAAAUCUGUCGACUCUCUAACUAUCGAGUUCAACUCCGUUCAAUCGAGGCCUCAAGAAGUUAUGCAAGAAAUCAUUCGAUUGGAAGGAGACUUGUCAGCCCUGAAGGAUGUUCUCUUCAAAUCGGAAGACGAGAUUAAAGAGCUAACAGAAAUGCAAUCAAGACUGGAACAAUCUAAAGCAGAUGUCGAGGCCGAAUCAAUAGGUCUAACUACCCUCAGUGAAAAGCUAUCCACCGCGAAACAUCAAUGUCAGGAGCUCAAAGAUGAAGAGAUUCAGCUUAAUGGAGCAAUCACCAAGAUGAAGGCGGAUCUAAAUCACAUGGCAGAAGAGAAGAGGCGAUACCUUGAGUCAACCAAUCGGGUGAUAAAAAGCGGUGCUGUCACACGGAAACUCAUAAGACGGGGAGAGAAGAAAAUGCGACACCUCGAGGAGACAAUAAAGUACCUUGAAGAGAUGAAGAAGGUACAAGCAGCAGACUUGGAGUUAAUGAAAAAGGCGGCUUCAAAGAGGGAUAUGAAAGAACGCAAAAAAUUGAGGACACAAAUCUCCCAGAUGACGGGAGCUCUUCUUGCACAGAACGACUAUGCAGAGCACGAAAAAGAGGAAAUUCGAGUCCUUAUGAAAGAGGCAACUAAACUUCUGGCUGAGAUAGAUGCACAGAAGCGAGGUGUGACAAACCUCCACCGCCUAGUUGAGGCAAAGUCUUGUGAGACAUCCCAGAAGAAGCGUUACCUUCGAAAGACUCAACUACACUACGUACAAGUGAAGAGGGACCUCAAACUUCAACAAUUUCAUCUCAAUGAUUAUCGGAAGACUCUACUCUCCCUUCAGCGACAGCUCCAAAACUUGGGAAACCUCUACAAAGCCAUAAGUGUGGAAAGGAAUGAAUGUCUCACCAUGAUUAACCUGGCCCAACAAAAGAAGCUGACGAUUGAGGAGAAGUGCUACCUCUAUAGCAACGAAGUGGCCAUUCUUCAAUCAAGCCUGUCAAAUAAGCGAGAUCAAAUGGAUGACGUCAGGAGACGCAUGGAAGGGUUGAGGAAAGAGAGCAUUGUGAUCCGGAGUGACCUCUCAAAACAGACUCAAGUGAAUCGAGAACUCGAAUCUCACAAUAAGUGGUUCAGUACAAACCUCCAGAGGUUGAAUCGAGACCUAGAUGAAGAGAAAACGCGGAUCAGUCGGCUUCAAGAUGAAUGCAAAGCGGCCAUCCAAAGGCGUGACUGUACCAAACAGCAGUUAGAGAAUGUCCAAAUGAAAGUGAAGCGAACUAAGGAAAGCCUCGAGGAUUUGGAAAAGAGUGGUAAAAAAUCACGAGAUGCCUUAUCAGCAAAGAAUCGUGAACUUGCUUUACUUCUCCACGAAAAUCUGACGGAAGCACGGACAGUGGAGAUUGUUCGAUCGAAGGUGGCGGAGAAGGGGGCGGUGAAGGAGGAGCUAAUCCACAUUAACGACCAGGUGUCGAAUCAGUUGGAGGUUACCGCCAUGUCUUUCGUUUACCAGACUUCAGCGGCUCGAGACAGAUUGUUCCAUCUGGAAGACCUGGCUGACAACCCACCAGAUGACAAUUCGAUCAAUCGUCUGCGCUUCCUCCAAGGCACCGAUCCGAGUCUGGAAGAACUCUCGAGGGGAGAAAAACACCUCCUCUCGGCCGUCGCCAAAAAGGAGACGAAACUUCGUGAAAAUCACGCGAUUUUUACCAUCGUGGAUAAUCUUGUCGCUCAAUUAGCCUCCAAGACGAACGAAGAGAGUGAAAGAAGUCUUGAGCUGGCAAAAAAAGCCAAUUUCAGCUACCGAAUCAAUUACUUGAAAGAAACUGAAAUGAAGGCCACUUGCGCCGAACUCAGAAUGAAAAUUCUCCAUUCCGCUGUGCUGAAACGUAGCCUAGAGGAGCUGAAGGCGAAGAAGCCUGAAGAUCGCCAACUACUACAACGAAGAAGCAGAAGGGAUCCGCUUCUUCUGCUUCAAAAUGAGACUGAUUUAAAUUUCUACACCACCGAAGUUAUAUCCCAGCUAUCCAUUAACAGCAUCAAGAAGUUCUUCGUCUGA